AUGGCAGACGGCCCUCCCCCUCCCGAUGGUGGCCCUGCGCCAGACACUCCCUUACGACCAGAGAGCGAGCUGCCUCCCCUCUCACCGUCGCCACCGGAGAAAACAGCAUUGCCAGAGCCAGUGCCUGCGGCCGUUAAUCCAGAGGAGAUGGCUCAGUUGGAAAAGGUCCUGCAGUCAGAUGACUUCUCGACUUUCCUUCGCAAGCGAUCCGCCCUAGAAGAAGAGCAUGCGCAAGGCCUCAAAAAGCUCGCUCGCGCCUUCCAUGACUCAACCCAACGCAUCGAUAAUCGCCAAGGCACAUUCUCCACCGGCUGUGAGGAGAUAAACCGUAUCCAUGACCGCAUGGCCGACCAUGGCCUCCAGUUUGCGCUCUCCCUGCAGCAGAUGUCGGAAGACCUGAACGACCUGGUGGCGAAUAUGGAACGGGGCCGGAAGCACUGGAAGCAAAACGGGCUGAAUGCGGAAAAGCGCGUGCAGGAUGCGGAGAGCAUGGCGGAGAAGGCGAAGGCGAAAUACAACUCCCUCGCGGAACAAUACGACCGCGCUCGGACUGGCGACGCCCAACCUGGCAAAUUCGGCUUGAAGGGACACAAAUCGGCCGCGCAGCAUGAACAGGAUCUUUUGCGCAAAGUCCAGCAUUCGGAUUCGGAAUAUGCGUCUAAGGUCCAGACGGCGCAGGGUCUGAAGAACGAGCUCAUGUCGACCCUGCGGCCGCAGGCGGUGCGCGCGCUGCAGGAUUUGGUCGCGGAGGGUGAUUCGGGCCUUAGCCUUCAGAUGCAGAAAUUCGCCACGUUCACGGAGAAGCUUAUGCUUGGAAAUGGUCUUUGCGUGAGCCCGCUGAAGAACGGCGUGAACCCCGAUGCUGCUGGGUUUAAGAGUCUGCGGGAAGUUGCGGCUCAAGUGGACGACGAGAAGGAUUUUAAAAGCUUCAUCUUGAGCCAUGCGUCAAAGAUUGGCUCGGGGUCGGCUGGGGUCAAAUAUGAGAAACACCCGGUUCGUGCGGACCUAACACUUGCGACUCCUCCUCCGCAGCCGACUCCUAUACAAACAUUAAACCAACCGGGCAUCUCGUCAAUCCCCAACGUUCCUCCGCAACUGCCAGGGCCUAAUUUCAGCUCCUCGCCUCCACAAUCUGCGACAGCUCCAGCCCAGCAUCAAAACUCGUCACAGCCCUUCCAAUCACCAACGACGCAACUGCCCUAUCCAGCGCCAUAUCAGCAACCGCCGCGUCAAGAUCCAUAUGGCAUGCACCAACAGGCACCCCCGCAAAUGCAACCGCAGAUGCCAUCGCAGAUGCCAUAUCCGACGCCUGGCCCUCAGAUGCAGCCACAGUAUCGGCCCUACUCACCGGUGCAGCAGCAGCCUCCUCCGGAACGUUUUCCGGUAGCGAGGAACGGGCAUGGUGCAGAUCUACCACCCCUGAAACCCGUCUUUGGGGUAUCGCUAGAGGAGCUGUUCCAGAGAGAUGGGACCGCUAUCCCCAUGAUCGUGUACCAGUGUAUCCAGGGUGUUGAGCUUUUCGGCCUCAAUGUUGAGGGCAUCUAUCGUCUCUCUGGCAAUGCCAAUCACAUUGCGCAUCUGAAGUCGCUGUUUGAUAAUGAUUCCUCCCAAGUCGAUUUUACAAACCCGGAGAACUUCUUCCACGAUGUCAACAGUGUAGCUGGCCUCCUGAAGCAGUUCUUUAGAGAGCUUCCUGAUCCGUUGUUCACGAACAAGCAUUAUGCGGAUUUCAUCAAUGCUGCCCGUCGCGACGACGAUAUCCAGCGCCGUGAUGCUUUGCAUGCGCUUAUUAACAAUCUCCCGGAUCCAAACUAUGCGACUCUUCGGGCGUUGAUUCUGCAUCUCAACCACGUCCACGAACGAUCGGCCGAGAAUCGAAUGAAUGCAGGCAACAUCGCUAUUAGCUUUGGUCUCACCCUGAUGGGUUCGAACGCCGGCCAGAGCAUUGCGGAUUCCGGUUGGCAGGCACGUGUUAUAGAGACCAUUCUGCAGAAUACGUUCCAAAUCUUUGACGAGGAUUAA